CUUUAAUAUCUUUCCAGCAACACGCGCUUGGCGGAGGGGGUCUACAAUCGAAGUGCGGUGCGCGGUCCGUGCGAAAAAAUACAUUUAAAAAAGAAUAAUAAAAAGAGCGCGGGGGAAUUUUUUCACAGAUACAUUGAGAAGAGCCAUCGUCCUGAAAAGAGAAAACAGAAUCAAAGGCACAGUGCUGACACUGACAAGCAGAAUAUACUGGCUCUCAUCUGUGUCCCCCUCGACCGCUCUCAAGCUGGUGGUGUCUGUUUGGCGUGCCGUGGCGUUCCCUUGCCGAAGAUCGUCUCUUCUCCACCUCAGCCUCCUCAUCUACCCCCUCCCUACCUCUCUACUUCUCUCUGAACGGACCAGGGGGGGAACGGAGGCACAGAAAAGGAUUGCUCAAUUCCUGUCCUUUUUUUAUUUCUUUCUUUUAAUUUUUUAUUUCGUUUAGCAUAUAUAUAUUGUUUAUUUUACAUGGCGCAGAGGCUACGCAAGCGAGUCGGUUCUGGGUGUGAUACAACCGCUGUGGAUCUGGAUAUCCAAGCAGCAGCAACAGCAGUACUACAGGCGGGGAACGGUUCCGGCGGUGCCCCCACCUCCUCCUCCUCAUCUUCCCGGCUCUAUGUCGAGUAAUGGUCGGCUUGCCUUGCUGGAUGCACCCCGCUCUCCCCGGAUCGGCAACGGUAUCUCUUUCGACAGCAGAUCCCCAUUUUCGGCGGAAACCUUCCACGAGCUAGGGGCUACAUAUGGAAACUGGAGAUCAGAAUUUUAGAAAAAAGGAAAACUAGCGGUUGUUUUUUUAUUCUUUGUUUUUUUUCCUACUUAAUUUAUCCGUAUUUUUAUUUGUUUAUUUAUUUAUUGGGGAUGGUUUCUUCAUUCCUACGUUGCCCAAUUAAAUUGAUGUUAGCCUCAUAAUAUUUAAUUUAUUUGUGUAUGUUUAAUCCGUGGGAUUAUUUUUGUUCGUUUAACUGGACUCGUUUCUGUUGAUUUAUAUAUUUUAAUAGAUUUAACCCUACCCUUCAUUUUCCCGUCCCUGGCUCUCUCCCCGUUUCCCCAUCGUAAUUAGAAGUAUAGACAGACACAUUUAAGAUUCACAAAUACCGAGGCAAAAUCUGUCAGGUUAAAGGAUUCUUACACAUAAAUAUAUACGUAUAGGCAGACAAACAAGUGAUACAAAUCGUUUACCGUCUUUCCUAAAAAAAUAUUGACGUGCUGGGUAAAAUUGUAGUCCAUAUGAGCCUGCCAUUAUUCCAACCUCACCCCACCCCCCUUCUCGCUACCAUUUAAUGUGAAUUCAACGCUUUAAUCAGAGCUGUACGUAUCUGCACAUAUGUACACAUCAACAGACAGUCUGCCGCUAAUGCGCGUGAGUUAAAUUGUUAAUAUUGCGAUUAAACAGACAAAUUGAUGCCUCAUUGCAAAAACCUGCCAUUUUCGACCAUUUGAAGUGCAUUUGGGUUGAGGUUCUCCAAGGUUUUUGCUUUUAUUUAAACUGCACUUUACCUUACAUGUUGUGAAUACUGAAUAGCCUAUAUUAUAGUCUCUUGGAAUUAGCAGCUUUUUGUAGGCACAGCUGUAGUCGACAUAGCUCUACUAGAAAUAGCCUAGACUAGCGGCUACUAGUAAAUCAGUAUUCUUAUCGUUUGGAAUAGCAUAUACUUGAUUAAGAAAGCAAACAAACACAGAGAACAAUACUUCCCUCCCUUUCAACAUCCGCAUCUAUUACACUUUCCAUAUUUUUCUCUCUUUUUGUGCUCACUCAGUCGCAACCAUACGGUUCCUUCCACGUCCUCCCCCCUCCCCCUCCUUUCAAUCAAAUAUAUCCCAUUUUUUUAGUUUGGUUUGGUCCCGUCAAUUUUCAAAUAUUUAUUUCCUCUACGUCAAGAGGAAAGGGGGCCCCCCUUUCAUGGAAUGCGGAAAUAUGGGUCUGUUUGACCGCGGAGUUCAGAUGUUAUUGACCACUGUCGGCGCUUUCGCCGCUUUCAGUCUCAUGACCAUCGCAGUGGGCACAGACUACUGGUUGUAUUCGCGCGGCGUGUGCAAGAUAAAAACAGUCAGCGAGAACGAGACCAGCAAGAAGAACGAGGAGGUCAUGACCCACUCAGGACUAUGGAGGACGUGUUGCUUAGAAGGCAACUUCAAGGGGUUGUGUAAACAGAUAGACCACUUCCCUGAAGAUACAGAUUAUGAAGCGGACACCUCCGAGUACUUUUUACGUGCGGUGCGGGCCUCCAGCAUCUUCCCCAUCCUGAGCGUCAUCCUGCUGUUCAUGGGGGGGCUGUGUAUCGCCGCCAGCGAGUUCUACAAGUCCCGCCACAACAUCAUCCUCAGCGCCGGAAUCUUCUUUGUGUCAGCGGGCCUGAGCAACAUCAUCGGGAUCAUCGUGUACAUAUCGGCCAACGCGGGCGACCCCUCCAAGAGCGACUCCAAGAAGAACAGCUACUCGUACGGCUGGAGCUUCUACUUCGGGGCGCUGUCCUUCAUCAUCGCCGAGAUGGUGGGCGUGCUGGCGGUGCACAUGUUCAUCGACCGGCACAAGCAGCUGCGCGUGGGCGCCCGGACCCCCGACUACCUGCAGAGCUCGGCCAUCACGCGCAUCCCCAGCUACCGCUACCGCUACCGCCAGCGGUCCCGCUCCAGCUCCCGGUCCACCGAGCCCUCGCACUCCCGCGACGCCUCGCCCGUGGGCCUCAAGGGCUUCAACACCCUCCCCUCCACCGAGAUCUCCAUGUACACCCUCACCCGGGACCCGCUGAAGUCCUCCGGCACCCCCACCGCCACCUACAACUCCGAGAGGGACCACAACUUCCUGCAGGUCCACAACUGCAUUCAGAAGGACCUGAAGGACUCCGCCCACACUAACACAGCCAAUCGGCGCACCACUCCCGUAUGAGGGCACCGCCCCCCUUGAGGAAGGGUGGGGGUGAGGAGGGGGGGGACAGAGAUAGAGACAGAGAGAGAGUGAGAGAGAGAGAGAGAGGAACCGAGGGGCCCGGCUCAUUUAAAUACGAUGAUAUAUAAUGAGUUUCCUUGUUGAAAAAAGAAAAAUGAAAAAAAAAAAUUGAAAAUGCAUGAUUUUCCCAUCUAUUGUUAUUUAAGAGUUUUCAAAAAAUGUUUGUAAAGAUAUGAACUGGAAUUAAAACACGGUCAAUUCUAGAGAAAGAAUACGUUUAACAAAAAUUCAGGGAGAGGGUUGUUUUUUUUUUUUUGAAGGGGCGGAGUUUAUUUUUUGGAGGGAAGGGGCAGGGUCUGCCAAUGAAGGUGGGGCUAGUGAGGAGGAGGUGGGGGAAGGUCAGCUUGUUAGUUUGAUUUGAUUUUCUCAUUUUGAUUUUGAUUUUACACUUAACUGCUCAGUCUUGAUUGGGCUGCAAGCUAUCCCUCCUCCACCUCCCAACCCCCCUCCCCCACAUUUCCAUAUUAUUUAUUGGCAUAUUUAUUCAUUUAUUUUCGCAUUGAAACUGUGAACCAUUGCGGCUUGGGAUUCAAAAUGGAGAAAACCCAGUCUGCAAAAUCUUACGAGUUAAUGUACAUGUAUUAAUUUUAUAAAUAUAUAUAUAAAUAUAUAUAUAUGUGAAUAACUGAGAGAGAAGGACUUUCUUGACGCAAAAAAUAACUAGCGAACAAAAAUGCUGUCGUUGAUAUGAGAAAAGACUCAUCUUGACAAACCUCUCCAAAGUCACAACACAGAAAAACAGGCAAUCCAUGACAAAAACCGCCAACUGGCAGAAACAAACACACACACACACACACACACACACAGGAGCUGUAUUAGACAAAUUCUAUUCUUUUAAAAGAAUCCUCUCGUCUUUUUCUGAGGCCCUGUUCGCUUUCUUUUUUGGCCCUCACCGGAGCGCCGACCCACCUGCUGAACCAGGAACAACGAUGACGACAAAAACAGGAAGUGAAAGCAGAGGGGCUCGCUCAGCUUCCCAAAAAGGAUCACACCUGGGUGGAAAAAAGGAAAGAGGAGAGGGAAGAAGAAGAAGGGGAUGACGGAGAGGAAGAACUAAAGUGAAAGGAGGAAUAAAGGAGGCGUAAGGACGAUGAAACGUAUGAGAUGUUAUGGGAUGUGAAGCUCAGUGACUCACAAAUGAAGAGAUUUACAUGCAUGCUAAAAAAAAAAAAAAAAACAGCAAACCUGCUCUUGAGAAACUUAAGUUUUAAAAGAUAAUUAUAGCUAUAUGGGGAAAAUCGACAACACAAAGUUGAAAAUGUUACUGUUGUGCGUGUAAUUUUCUUUCUUUUUUUGCCUCUUUUUGUCAUUGUUUUCUUUUAAAAAAUUUAAGCCAAUGCUUUGGGUGAAAUGAUCCAAACAAACAAGAUUACAACAAGCAAAAUGCCUUUUUUAAAAAUGUUAAUUCCUUUCUUUGUAUAUGUUAGUAAUUUAUUUUUCAAUUUCACACAGCCUUAGUUACUCAUUUCAUUUCCGAUUUUCAGUGUGUUGUUCAGAUGAAAAAGAAUUCUUUAAAGGUGCCAAAAACCGAAUGGUCCCACACUUGGAUGCAUCAAGUCCCCAAGACGAAUAAAACUAGAGCCCCCAAGGGAACAGAAACACA